UGACGUUGUUUGACGAUGAAACACAAACUUUGAAAUAGUUUGGCUUUAGAAAUCAAAUUUAAGAAAAAUGGACUUUAGACGAAAAUCAAUUAUUAAAGGAUUAUUUAAAGAAUUUGAUACAAAAGUAUAUCGUAUUGUUACGUCUAUUGAUGAUCAAAUAGCGAAAAAUUUAAAAGACGGUAAUAUUGUUACAAGGCCCACAAGUACAAAUGGACUAUGGAGUUGUGUACUUUUACCGACAGUACUUGUAUUAUAUUCAAUACUGUGCAAUGUCUCUGAAUUAUACAUUUUAAUGGCUUACCUAUCGAUAGGACUAGUAGCCUACAGUUUUCUUUUUAUUAUAUUUGUUUCUGUUUCUUGCUUGGUGUUCAAAGAUAAUAUUUAUGGAGGAUGUACAGCAUCUACUCUGGUUUCGGCAUUAUUGUUGUAUGCAGUGCAAGGACAAGAUUUAAUGUUCUCUCUGGGAUGGUCAAUGGUUGCAGUGAUGUCAUACAGUGCCCUCUUGAGAAUAUCCCUCACGGUGUACCCUAAAACAUUUACCAUAGGAGAAGCCAUGGUAGUCACACAGAGUAUAGUGCUUUUUUGUGUAGCAUCCCUUUGUAAAUACUUUUACAACGUCACAGCAGAAGACGAUGCUGAAAUGAAAUUAAUUAAUAGCGUUAUCUUUACAGUUUUAUCAAGCGUGGGAAUUAUUGUUGCAGCAAUAUGUAUUUUGGACGACAGUCAAAAAACUAUGGCCGUUUUUGUUUACAUAAUCAGUGUGGCUGCAACUUAUGCGUUGAUGGUCUUACAUGUUAAACUCGGACUUGAUUGCUUAGUUAGAUUAGCUGAGUAUGUGCUUCUGGACAUGGAUAGAAUAAAAUUAUUCAUAUUCUGGGUUGGCUGUGCCUUUGUGGCAGUCUUUGUGAUAAUGGUCCGAACUCAUCUCAACGUGAAAGCCAACACCAUUACUCGCAAGUCAUUCCAUAUACUUGGGUCGUUGGUCUUCCUGUCUGGGAUAUUGUACAAUAUACGGCUCAUGACGUUAGCUGCAGGAGUCGGACUUGGGCUUGUUAUAUUACUUGAGGCACUCAGGAAAUCUGGUAUAGAUCCGAUUUCAUCAUCACUUCAGGCUGCAUUCAAUGUGUAUAGUGAUGAAAAGGAUGUGGGCAGUUUCGCAAUGACUCCAAUCUACCUAUACGUAGGACUGGCUUGUCCACUGAUAUUGGUUCCAGAACACCCAGGGUAUGAGCUGGAACUGCUCAGCGGAGUGUUGUCCAUAGGAAUCGGAGACACGGCUGCUAGUUGGUUCGGUUCCAAGUUCGGGAUGAACAAGUGGGGAACUGGACCUAAGACAUAUGAAGGCACAGUGUUCAAUAUUCUAUCUCAAGUUGCAUUGAUGCACACGAUACAAAUUUUUGGUCUAUUGAGCGUGAAUAAUGCCAUGAUUCGUGUGGCGGUUGCGGCGGCAGUGUCAGGAGUGGUGGAAGCCAAAAUAGACCAAGUUGAUAACUUAAUAUUGCCACUAGUCACCCUACUUGCAUUUCAAAGUACCUUUAUAUUAUGCUAAGUUGAGGCAUAGGUAGGUAGGUACUUAAAUUUAAAAUAAAUAGGAAACAUUUUAAAAAUAAUAUAUCUUCAAAUGUUGUACUAUAUUUUUGUAGUCAGUUUUAGAGCUUAGUGAAAAAAAAUAGGUUUUUAAAAAUCUAUCCAGGUAUGUAUUUAAUUUUUAUUUUGUGAAAAUUGUGUUUUACUAUUAUGGGGUUAUUUAUUGAAAUAAAUUUUACCUAUGUAUGUUGA